ACUGAUUUUCCAAAGGCUAUAUAAUGUCAGGUCUUUUGAUUCUUUGAGCACUUACUUUGCUUCUAUAUUACAAGCUGGCAGUAAAAGCAUCAAUGAUGGCGUCAUAAAAAUGAGUAUACAACAAAGUUGAAACUCAAGGGGAUAUAAAAACUUGGGGGUAUCUUUUCAAUUUGAAUCUUUAUAUGCACAAAAUACCUUCAAGACUAACACAAAUUAUAUUAGCAACAAUAUAUCUUUCAAAAGUAUGCAUUCUCAAUAUUAUAUACUUUAAAUCAACAAGUAAAAUUGUUAAUGUUUUAAUAAAAUUUUCAAGAGUAAUUAAGAAACACAAAUGUUAGGCAAAUUGCCUUACUUGUUAUACUAAAAAAGUCAAAGAUAACUUUAAGAAACUAUUCUAGUUAAUCUUUUGCUGAGGAAGUCUAGUUUUUUUUUUUUAAUCACCCAUUCACUGGGUACAAAGGUUAAAACAAAGUGAAAUGCAAUCAUAUGACAUACUUUUUAAAAAUGGUGUAGAAGAAACAGGAUAAGCUGCUUCAGCACACCAGUCUCAGACGAAAGAAAAAAGUAAAGAGACAUCAGUAAGAACCUCACACUACUCAGAAAUACCGAAACAAGCCAUUGAAGAGGCUGCAUACCUACUCCUAGAGAUCAUUAAACACAGGUCUGCAAUAUGAAAGUCACAUGCAUCACAAUCUUAUUUUGGCCCUUCUCCAUGCUACUAUUAUCAGACAAAAGCCAGACUUCUAAAACAGAAGUCCAAUGUAAUUUCACUGAAAAGAAUUAUUCUUUGAUUCCAGCGGAUAUCAAUAAAAAUGUUACCAUACUUGAUCUCAGUUAUAACCAAAUUACUCUGAAUGCUACAGACACAAGGGUUCUUCAGACAUUUUUUUUACUCACUGAGCUCUAUCUGAUUGAGAACAAUGUCACUAUCUUACAUAAUAACAGUUUCGGUAAUCUCUCCAAUCUAGAAAUUUUAAAUAUCUGUAGAAACUCCAUCUAUAUAAUUGAACAGGGUGCAUUUGCAGGCUUAAGUAAACUAAAACAGUUAUAUCUUUGCCAAAACCAAAUAUUACAACUGAAUACUGAUAUUUUUGGGCCUCUAAGAAACCUAAAACUUCUGAAUCUGCAAGGCAAUUUGAUAAGCUAUUUUGAAGUACCCCAACUAUUUCAUCUGGAAUUAAUAAUUUUAUAUGGAAACCCAUGGAACUGCUCUUGUAGUCUAAUCAAUUUGCAGAACUGGUUGAACACAUCAAAUGUGACAUUAGAAAAUGAGAAUAUCACCAUGUGUAAGUACCCAGAUAUCCUGAAGAGCUACAAUAUCAAAACAGUACCUCAUAAGGCUGAAUGUGGCUCAAAAUUUCCUUCACCUGUAACUGAAGAUCUUUAUAUUCACUUUCAGUCCAUUAGCAAUUCAACAUUUAACAGCUCUUCUAACAACUUAACAAAAAAUCCAGAACAUGAACCUCUUGGGAAAAGUUGGGCUUUUCUUGUUGGUGUUGUUGUCACUGUACUGAUGACUUCACUCCUCAUCUUUAUUGCUAUCAAAUGCCCAAUAUGGUAUAAUUUCCUGCUUAGUUACAAUCAUCAUCGCCUAGAAGAGCAUGAAGUAGAAACCUAUGACGAUGGUUUUCCUGGAAAUCCAAGUUCUCUUUCACAGAUACCAGCUACAAACUCUGAAGACACAGUAAUAUUUGAACAAUUACAUUCAUUUGUGGUGGAUAAUGAUGGGUUUAUUGAAGACAAAUAUAUAGAUACCCAUGAAUUAUGUGAAGAAAAUUAAUUUCUUUUAAUGUUUAAUUUAAAAAAUGUUUUCAGUCUAUUCGUAGUAUAGAUAUGGAGAUUCUCAUACGUGACAUACCAACCUAUAGCUAGUAGACCUUUAUAGUAAUUACAAUAUACAUAAAUAUCACAAAAUUAUGUUUUUCUUAUUGUACUGUGCAGGUCCAAAUACAACAGCUGACACUCCUUGGUAGCGAACAGUUACAUAGUUAGUCCACAAUAUUAGCAUUGCUGUUAUGAGCAGGAUUCAGGAAACCAUACAGACUAGUAAACGAGAAGGUGUACUACAGUAGAUUACUCAUUAAUUAAAAUGAAUUCUCAUAUUAACACAGAUAUUUGAUAUAAUAUGUAUUAAGUUAUACUGAAGUUCCAAACACUAAAGAAAUAAAGGUUUUAGAUUUAUAUUAUAAAUCAAAGUGAGGAAUAGAGCCUAAACAAUAUACUAAGAUUGAUUUUAUGCCCACAGAGUGAAUCUAUAGAAUUGGAAAAUGUUUUUAAAUCCUUCCUGAAUUUGCAAAAUAAAUUUUAGUUUAGUAGCAAUUCAAAGCACAGGCA